AUGAAUUUACAUCAGAAACCAAUACCAUUUUCCUCUAUACGGAGUAAAAUAAAAAAUACCCAAGAGCUACUCCCAAGUCAACUAGUUGCAGUAUCAAAAUGGUGAAACAUAUGCCUCGCAAUGAUAGAGUGUGCAAUUUUGCAUGAGAAUCGAGGGAGAACAGACAACUUUGCUUUCACAUCCGAGAAGAUCCUUCGUAUUAUAAUUGUUGGAGGCGAGACUUGAUUCCGGUAGAGCCUGGCGUUCCUCUCCCUCCAGAUGCAGUAAAUGUAGUGAGUCCAGAGAAGUUUAAGACAAAUAAUAUCCAGCUUCUUUCCACGGAGAGAGGAGACCCAGCAAAGACUCUCUCAUGGAGGAUCUGUCAGAGGAUUUCCGACUACCAAUAAACCAAAAGCCCACGGAAAAUGUGGAUUUAGAUGAUGUGGAACAAGCAUCUCUUGACACACAAUUGACAUCGUCCAAUGUUGGAUUUAGGCUUCUGCAAAAGAUGGGGUGGAAAGGAAAAGGCCUCGGGAAGGAUGAACAAGGAAUUGUUGAGCCUAUAAAAUCAGACAUGAGACAGCCCAAGUUAGGGAUCGGGAAGCAAGAAGAAGAUGAUUUCUUUACUGCCGAGGAGAAUAUUCAGCGAAAGAAACUGGAUAUCGAGGUUGAGGAGACUGAAGAAAAUAUCAAGAAGCGAGAGGUCAUAGCUGGUCGCGAGCAGAAAAUUCAGAAUGAGGUCAAAGAAAUACGUAAGGUGUUCUUUUGUGAGCUUUGCAACAAGCAAUACAAAUUGGCCAUGGAAUUUGAGGUCCACCUAUGCUCAUACGACCACAACCACAGAAAGAGGUUCAAAGAAAUGAAGGAGAUGCAUGGGAGUACUAGUCGUGAUGAGCGUCAAAAGAGAGAACAACAGCGGCUAGAGAGGGAGAUGGCCAAAAUAGCUGAUGCCCAUAAGCAGAAGCAACAACAAGAAGAUGAUCCCGGGUCUACUCCAGCUCCAACUGUAACAAGAGCUGCUACAGCACUCACUGACCAGGAGCAGAGGAAGGCUUUGAAGUUUGGAUUUUCAUCCAAAAGUAACAGCUCUAAGAGCUCACUUGGUGCUGCUACAAAGAAACCAAAAGUAACGGUGGCCUCAAUUUUUGGCGAUGACAGUGAUGAAGAAAAGUGAAAGCCUGUGUGUUCAUUUGUGCUUAUGUGUUUGGGACCCAUGAGUUGCAGCAUGAGAAGUGCCGGGAUUGAUUGUAUGUUGUUGUUUGUGUAAUGAACUGGGUCCAUCGGUUGUACUAGUCCUGGACAGAUCAAAAGUCCUAAUCUGCCGCCGUGCCUUCGAAGAAUUGAGAAACUGAUAGAAUGCAUCAAUGUGAAUAAUUACGAUGAUCAUACAAUCUAUUAUGGAGUUUAAAUUUCAUAUGUUUGUGAUUGGAUUUAUUCCUCAA